CCCUCGGGCAGCGAGCGAGGGCGGAGUCAGGGCGCCUCAGGCUCCUGCAGACGUGGUGCUGCUGCUCGUUACCGUCAGUCUGAGGUUUCGGACACCCUUCGUGCCACCGCCAUGGGUCUGCGCAAGAAAAACAAGAGCCCGCCGGUGUUCAGCCAUGAGUUCAUCGUGCAGAACCACGCCGACAUCGUGUCGUGUGUCGCCAUGGUCUUCCUGCUCGGCCUGAUGUUCGAGAUGACAGCUAAGAUAGCUGUGUCCUUUGUUACUCUGCAAUAUAAUAUCACAAUUCCUGCAACAGAUGAAAAGGGAGAAUCACGCAUUCUUUAUCAUUAUGGCUUUAAGGACGUGGCUACAAUUUUCUUUUACACUUUGGUUGCUAUUAUUCUCCACGCCAUUGUGCAAGAGUAUGUGCUUGAUAAAAUCAACAGGCGGAUGCACUUCUCAAAAACAAAGCACAGCAAAUUCAAUGAAUCUGGACAACUCAGUGCCUUUUACUUGGUUUCUUUUGUCUGGGGAGCAUGCAUUCUAGGCUCUGAGAAUUACGCAUCACAUCCUAGGAAUUUAUGGGAAAGCUACCCACAUACGUUGAUGCCUUUUCAGGUGAAAUUUUUCUAUAUCGCCCAGGUGGCUUAUUGGUUGCAUGCCUUACCGGAGCUUUAUUUUCAGAAAACCCGAAAGGAAGAUAUUCCUCGGCAGCUUGUGUAUACGAGCUUGUAUAUUUUUCACAUUGCUGGAGCUUAUCUGUUGAACUUGAACCGUUUUGGCCUGGUACUCAUGGUGCUGCAUUAUUUUGUGGAACUUCUGUUUCAUAUCUCUCGACUGUUUUAUUUCAGUGAUGAAAAGAACGAGAAGGGUUUUACCCUUUGGGCUGCCUUGUUUGUCGUGGCACGACUGCUUACUCUCUCCCUGUCUGUACUCGCCAUUGGAUUUGGCCUUUCUGGAUCUCAAAAUCAAAGUUUCGAUUUAGCUACUGGAAACUUUAACAUUUUGGCUGUAAGAAUAAGUGCCCUGGCUGCCAUUUGCUUGACACAAGCAUAUAUGAUGUGGAAGUUCAUUAAUUUCCAGCUCAAAAGAUGGAAAGAGCAUGCACAAAUACAGGCUCUAAAAAAGAAAGCCGGCAACACAAAGAACAAAGCGACCAAAAAAGGAGAAAAUAAAGCUAAUGGAGUAAAUGGAACCGUCACUUCCGAAGAUAGGGACUCUCCACGUUUAAGAAAAGCUAAAUCAUCUUGAAAGACAGACAACCGGCACAUCUACAGACAAAUUGCCAACUGCUUUAUUAGAUUUUCCAUUGACAAUUUUCCUUCAAAUAUUAUUUAAUUUUCAGCAGCAAAUAGUCUUAUCUUCUAGGUACGUGCAACAGAAAAUAAUUAAGCCAAUAAUACCGAGAGGAAAGGGAAGGUGGCAGGGUACUCUUUUACUCACAAUGUCCCCAUUUUAGAGAAACAAUAUAGCAGAUUCUAUUUGAUAUUUGUGAAAUUCUGCUCUGCUCAACCAGAAAUGGAAGUGGUUUAUUACAGACCUAUCCACAUUUUCCAGCUUUAAGAAGUUAUGCUAUAGUAGGGCUAAAUUUUCCUAACCUCCAGAAUUUCUGCUAUAAGAAAAUAGUUACUUGUACAAAAGCAUCAAAAAAAUCUGCUCAACUUUGCCAAAAUAUAGUUUAUGAUCUGUCUCUUCCAGUGGGAACAACUAAUGCAAGGACCCAUCUGCGAAAUUAUCAUUCCCCCUCCACCCUUUGGGGAUGCAGUGUAACACAAUUGUCCUUCCUCUCCUGUUAGUAGUAAAUGACAAGGUGUACAUGCAAUGAAAAUGGUCAUAAUUUUAUCACUGCAUAAAAUUACAAAGUGCUGCACCAAUGCAAUUAAAACAAUGAUACUAUCUGAAAAUAGACCUUUUGUUUUGGGAUGCCAAAUUAUUAUUGCCGGCUGAAGUAAAUGUUACCUUUCCUCUUAUAGGUUGAAUUAUUUUAUAAAUUACUUGAACAGUUAAUUUAGCAAUUCAUCACUAGAACAGUUGUUUUAAAUUGAGAUUUCUAUCAUACAAGAAAAUUAUACUUCUUUGUUUUUAUACGGUGGGAUUAACAUACAUAUAGGUUCAUGUAAUGGAUUGAGUCCUAAAAUCACAUUAUUUUCUAUGCUUUAAUUUCUUUUGAUUAGAAUUGCAGUCAUCCUCUUCACUCAUGUGGCCAUCCACUUUGUCAGCAUUAUAACCAAAUACUCAGGUUAAUUCGAGCAGGGGCAGAAUUUAGAGAUCACUGCAAAUAAGAUUUUUUAGAAAACAAUGAAAGAAAAGAAUUGCAGUAAAACAGGUAUGCUUAUUUUUUUUACUCUAGGAAAAGAACAAUAAAGACUGCAAAUUUUAGUAGCAGUUUUAUUUUAAAAAAUUGCAAAGCCUUAGUGUGGCAGUUCUGCAGAUCUAAUGACAGAAAGCAACUAUUAUUAACAUGACAACAAUACAAUAUACUUUACAUAGGGAAUUGCUAACUUCAGAAGAGUUUUAAUUUUGUAAAAAAAUAUAUAAAUGAGAAUUUCAUAAAGAUCUUUGUCAUUAAAUUUAAAGACAUUUCUGGAAUGCUAACUAUUGGUGGAGCCUUUAAUUUUGUAAAUUGAAGAAUGCUCCUGGAUAAAGCACUUCAAAUGUUCCUGAAUCCUAUCCAUAUUUCUAGUUUGGAAUAUGACCAGUGUGUAGGUGAGGGACUAGGAAAUAAUUUGCGAAGAGUCCAUUUCCUGCAUUGCAUUUUUGAUCACAAGGAAGGUGAUCAUUAUAUGCAAAAACUACUAGGAUUCAACACCCCAUUUCAAGUUUGUCAGCUUGGCUCCAAAUUGAGGUUAGAUCAAUGAGCCAAGUGUGUCUUUCUGGCUGAGGGAUCCAAUAUGAUGUGGAUGAAGUAUGCAUCACCAUUUAAUUAGUGAGCACAAAACGAUAUUUUGGGAUUAUUUUGACAGUCUGAUUGCAUGAUCAUAUAACUGCUGGGAAUGCAGAAUGCUAUGUUGACGUUAGAUGUUCAAAGAGCAUUCAGAGUAGAGACGGCUUACUAUUGUGCCUUAACCUCACCUGGCAUUGUUAAGAUGCUGGAUGCUCAAACUAUUUAAGUACGACCUUUCUUUCACACCAGUGAGCGCACAAAUCUAUUGCCAAAAUAUGUGCAAACAAAGUGGAAAGGAAGGCUGUAUUUUUAAAAUAAAUAUCCAUGAAUAAUUUCUUUAAUCUAAUUCUGCUUUAUAUGUUAUAAAUACUUUCAGUUAAUGGACAAAAGUGACCUUUUACAUGACUAGCAACUGACAAGUAUUAAUAUAUGAUAUGUAAGAUGCCUCCAAUAAUUGGGAAAUUGGUUUUACUUUGGAUGUGUUGUCUAUGAAUUGUAUUUUCAAUUAUAAGCACAGUGAAUUAUUGUAACUGCAUUUAUUGCAGAGUAAAUGUGAAGUAAAUUGUCAAGCCUACUUUGACUCUUUUUUCAAUGUGGCAUCAUGUGUAAUCAGUUGCUGUGUUUUUGAAAUCUUUAAUUUAUACAGCUGCAGAAAAUGUAAAUGCAAAAAUUGCGUGCAUAAAAACUAAUUGAUUGAACUUGAUGGGUCAAACCAUAUAUCAAGGUAAAGGAAAAGUUAAUGUUUCUCAUGGCGUCCCUUCAACAGUUUUUUGCUCCAGGUUCCAGUAUCCAUGCCAACACUGAGCCUGACCUGACAAACUACAAUAUUAAUUGAAAAACAUUGCAUAUGGAGUCUGGAAUUUGACCAUGGAGUGAGACUCUAGUGAGGGAAUUGGAGACAAAGGUGACUUGAAGUAAUUUUACACUGGAUUUCACUAAAUGUGACUUUCCUGUGAUUAAAAAUGAAAAUAUUGCAGCA